AUGGAUUUCGGUUGCCACGACAAGGACUCAGGGGAAGUGGAGUGCUACUUCGAAAUACAUUGCGAUACGGGUACUUCUUGCGCUAUCACGAUACAAAUGCCGAACCCAGAAGCCGUUGGAUGUGUAGAACGAUUUGCAACUUUACUGUCAUAUCUACUUGUCAUCAUCACCUUCCCUUUUUCGUUAUUUGAAUGUUUUAAGGUUGUGCAAGAAUUUGAAAGAGCUGUAAUCUUCAGACUAGGCAGAUUAAGGAAAGGCGGCGCGAGAGGCCCAGGACUAUUCUUUGUUCUUCCCUGCAUAGACACUUAUAGAAAAGUAGAUCUACGAACGGUUUCGUUUGACGUACCGCCACAAGAGGUACUAACGCGAGAUUCUGUGACAGUGGCAGUGGACGCUGUAGUGUAUUACCGAAUCAAAGAACCCUUAAAUGCAGUGGUGAGAGUUGCAGACUAUAGCGCGUCAACAAGACUCUUGGCCGCUACAACAUUAAGGAAUGUUCUUGGAAUGAGGGAUUUAGCGCAACUCCUCUCUGACAGGGAAGCAAUCAGUCACAUGAUGCAAGCUAGCCUGGAUGAGGCCACGGAGCCUUGGGGUGUCGAAGUAGAAAGAGUUGAAAUUAAAGACGUCCGACUGCCCGUGCAGCUACAGAAGGCCAUGGCAGCAGAAGCUGAGGCGGAUCGUGAAGCAAGAGCGAAAAUCAUUGCCGCCGAAGGGGAAAUUAAAGCAUCAAAAGCAUUGAAGGAAGCAUCACUUGUCAUGAUCGACAAUCCUAUGGCCUUACAGCUACGCUACCUGCAGUCUUUGAGCUCUAUAUCAGCUGAGAAGAAUUCCACGAUAAUCUUUCCAUUCCCUAUGGAUUUCUUGAAAGCAUUUUUGGGAGGAGCCGGACCAAGUACAACGCACCAACCAAGCGUACAAAUGACACAAUCGUUACCAAUAUAGUUUCAUUAGUUUACAAAUUCUGUAUCAAUUCUAGUCAAUCUAAUUUAAUAAAAUAAAUUCGUUUCCCAACCAUUCCCGUUCAUUUUUGUUACGUAAUUAUCAAAUAUGACCGUGUUAAAUUUAUUUUUACCGAAGUCCCUAUGCAUAUUUGUUAGCUCAAUUUAUCUUGCUUUAUACUAUCUUUAAUCUAAUGAUGACGCUUCUAGAUUUUAAAAUUGCUUGAAUUUGUAGAUUUCGAUACCACUAAAAGAUUGCCGAAAGCACAAAAAUGUUUUGGAUCAAUACACAUCAACUGGUUUCCUAAUUAAUUACCAUCCGUCAUAAAGCAAUCAAUCGGCCAAAAUUGUAGUAAUUGCUGUAGAUUAAUCUAGACCUUCAAACAUUACACUAACUGGGAACAUAUUUAAC